AGUUUUCUCUAAAUCAGGUAUCUGAUCAGGUUUCCUGACUGCCAGAAAGCAAAAUUUUCAGGAUGACAUCAGGUGAUCAAAACAUCCCCACCUUCAAGUGUGUCUUGGUUGGAGAUGGUGGUGUGGGUAAAACCACCUUCGUGAAAAGGCAUGUUACUGGAGAAUUUGAGAAGAAAUAUGUAGCCACACUUGGUGUGGAGGUUCAUCCCUUGCUCUUCCACACAACUCGGGGUCAAAUCCAAUUUAACGUGUGGGACACAGCUGGCCAGGAGAAGUUUGGAGGCUUGAGAGAUGGAUAUUACAUCCAGGGUCAAUGUGCCAUCAUCAUGUUCGAUGUGACAGCCCGAGUGACCUACAAGAAUGUCCCAAAUUGGCAUAGAGAUCUGGUUCGAGUGUGUGAGAACAUCCCUAUCGUCCUAUGUGGCAACAAAGUAGACGUCAAGGACCGGAAAGUGAAAGCCAAAUCCAUUGUAUUCCAUCGAAAGAAGAACCUUCAGUACUAUGACAUCAGUGCCAAGAGCAAUUACAACUUUGAGAAACCAUUCCUCUGGCUGGCGAGGAAGCUGAUCGGAGAUCCAAAUCUGGACUUUGUUGCCAUGCCUGCUCUCAUUCCUCCAGAGGUCCAGAUGGACCCAACAUGGCAGAAGAAGAUCGAAGAGGACCUCAAGGAGGCUCAAGAUACAGCGUUGCCCGAUGACGAUGAGGAACUCUAGUGACCGAGGAGCAUUUCUUUUUCAUCACUGUGCAACUUCGUAUUUUCUUCGUUCUUUCACAGCCCUUUCUUUCAUCAGCAUCCAAGCCUUCAUAUCUUCUACUGAAUACCCCUUUCUUUUUAUUAUUAAUAUCUUUUGGAAAAAAUCUGAUCAGAACUGGCUCCUGGUACCUUGGCAUGCUUCUUGACUUUGGCCACACAAAGUUUGUGCGCAAUUCACGCAGAAUGCUGUCGGGCGGAAACAAAAGAGCAACUAGGAGGCGUUUUAUUCUAAUGUGAUAAUCAUUUCCCGUGAUAGGUAUGCUUCAGCGUGCGAGAGUGCGGUCCUCAAAAUUCGUUUUCUACUAUGGUUGAAACCCUGCCUCAGAGUUACUCAUUGAUGGAGGAACUUUGAGGCUGGCAGACGGAAUGGCAUUCUGUGUGAAUUAGGGAAUACCUCAAAGCUUGCUAUCUGGUUCAUUCUGUUUCCUGUUCCCAUUCCCCAUCUCUGUGCUCCUGAAUAAAUGGCAUGAUUGGACAUUGCA